ACGACGGCAAGGAAGUUGGGACCUAGGUGCCGCAGUCGCGUGCUGUUUUUUUUUUUGGUGGGUCGUUAGGAAUAAAUGUGCGGAGAAACCCCUGGCAGAGGUGCUGCUUACGGAUAAAGAUGGAAACGGUCACGUCUUGUAAUGGAAACCAGAGGCGGGUGUUUUAAUGGGGCGUGGUUGAUGCGGGACAACUUUGUUUACAUCAUUGGCAGGCAAACAUCCCAGCAACUCUUCAGCAAUACCUCCUACAGACGUCCUCAUGUUGUCAUUAAAAGAUUAGACCAGCAUCUCUCUGGAAACUAUCCCAUUUUGACCAGAUUUAGGGUCUAAUUUGGUGCAGAGGAAGGAGAAACUUUAAAAAAAAAAAGAAACCAAACUAAAAACAAGCAGUUUGCCUCGAUGGAGUAUUUAGUUACCAAAGGGAGAAACCAUAGAGGUAGCUGUUACCUCUGCAUCAGCUGGGAGAUAGCCUAGCUGAGGCCAGCACAGUGCUGCCCCUUCCCUCUCCCUGCAUCCUGCAUCCACCCUCCCUCCCUCCUUUUCCUCCUUUCUCUCACACAAACCUCUGUAAGCUAGCCGCCAUGUCGUCGGUCCGCUUCACGGUGACGCCCACCAAGGCCGAGGACCUCCCCGGGCUGUCCGACACGUCACCCGACAUCAGCUCGCGCCCGUCUGCCCACGUCCGAUUCGGCUCCAGGGAGAGCAUCAAUCGGAGUGACGCGGUGAGCGAGGCGUCGGCAGGAGUGAACACCACUGUGUCAGGAGCGGGAGGGAACGACACGCCGGAUCAGUGCAGCGUGGACCAAGGUGAUGGGAAUUCAAAAAACUCCAGUGUUUACAUCAACAACAGCCAUGGGAUGGACGAUGACGACUUCUACGACAGGAACUUGGCCUUAUUUGAGGAAGAGAUGGACACUCGACCCAAGGUGUCUUCUCUCCUCAACCGCCUGGCCAACUACACCAACCUGACGCAGGGGGCGAAGGAGCACGAGGAGGCCGAGAGCAUCAGCGAGAAGAAGAAACCCAGCAAGUCACCACAGAUGGGGACGUUCAUGGGCGUUUACCUGCCUUGCCUUCAAAACAUCUUCGGAGUUAUCCUGUUCCUGAGGCUGACAUGGGUGGUGGGGACGGCUGGCGUGCUGCAGGCACUCGGCAUCGUCUUCAUAUGCUGCUGCUGUACGCUGCUGACUGCAAUAUCAAUGAGCGCCAUCGCCACUAAUGGAGUUGUGCCAGCUGGAGGUUCCUACUUCAUGAUCAGCCGCUCUCUGGGUCCAGAGUUCGGUGGAGCCGUGGGGAUCUGUUUUUACCUGGGCACCACCUUCGCUGGAGCCAUGUACAUCCUGGGAGCCAUCGAGAUCUUCUUGAUGUACAUUGUACCUCAGGCUGCAAUCUUUAAAGGCGAGGGAGCGGCCAUGUUGAACAACAUGCGGGUCUACGGCAGCAUCUGUCUCCUCCUGAUGUCCCUGCUGGUCUUUGUGGGUGUAAAGUACGUCAACAAGCUGGCCUCCAUCUUCCUGGCCUGUGUCAUCGUCUCCAUUGUUUCCAUCUACGUAGGGGCGUUGGUCUCCGCCUUCAGUAAACCUAGUUUUCCAGUCUGCAUGCUGGGGAACAGAACAAUCAACAGCCACUUUAUUAAUGACGGCGAGUGCGGGAAAAUAAAUGUGGAGAUAAAAUACACAACGGAGAGCUAUGACAGUAACUUCACGGUUCUCUACGAAAACAGCACAGCUGGACCCACCGUCGUUUCCACCGUCGCUUCUAUUGUGGAGGAAAAGACCACGGAUCUUUGGAGGGCAUUCUGCCAUAGCCCAGAGCUCAACACGACUUGUGACGAAUAUUUCAGCUCCAAUAACUUCUCUGAGAUUGAUGGCAUCCCUGGACUGGCAAGUGGCAUCAUUUCAGAGAACCUGUGGAGCUCCUACCUCAGCAAGGGAGAGGUGGUGGAGAAAAGCUCGCUCAGCUCGUCCCAUGCUGCUCCCCCCCCUGCAGCGUCUCAUCCCUACGUGUUCGCAGACAUCACCACCUCCUUCACCCUCCUGGUGGGGAUCUUCUUCCCCUCAGUCACAGGAAUCAUGGCCGGCUCAAAUCGUUCAGGGGAUUUAAAAGACGCUCAGCGCUCCAUCCCCAUCGGAACCAUCCUGGCUAUCCUAACAACUUCCCUCGUCUACCUGAGCAGCGUGGUGUUGUUCGGAGCCUGCAUCGAGGGGGUCGUCCUCAGAGACAAGUUUGGCGAUUCGGUUAAAGGUAAUCUGGUGGUGGGCACCCUGGCGUGGCCGUCUCCUUGGGUCAUUGUGAUUGGUUCUUUCUUCUCAACGUGCGGCGCCGGUCUGCAGUCACUAACUGGCGCCCCCCGACUGCUGCAGGCCAUCGCAAAGGACAACAUCAUCCCAUUCCUACGGGUGUUUGGACAUGGGAAAGCUAACGGGGAACCCACCUGGGCUCUGCUGUUAACAGCGCUGAUAGCUGAACUGGGGAUUCUCAUCGCCUCCCUGGACCUGGUCGCCCCUAUCCUCACCAUGUUCUUCCUGAUGUGUUACCUGUUUGUGAACCUGGCCUGCGCGCUGCAGACGCUGCUGCGGACGCCCAACUGGAGGCCGCGCUUCUCCUACUACCACUGGUCCUUAUCUUUUCUGGGGAUGACCAUCUGCCUCGCACUCAUGUUCAUAUCUUCAUGGUACUACGCAAUCAUCGCCAUGGUGAUCGCCACCAUGAUCUACAAAUACAUUGAAUAUCACGGAGCAGAGAAGGAGUGGGGGGAUGGUAUCCGUGGUUUGUCACUCAGCGCUGCUCGCUACGCCCUCCUGAGGCUGGAGGAAGGACCUCCGCACACCAAGAACUGGAGGCCCCAGCUGUUGGUGUUGCUAAAGCUGGAUGAAGACGCCCACGUCAAGUCUCCACGCCUGCUGACGUUCGCCAGCCAGCUAAAGGCGGGGAAGGGUCUGACCAUCGUAGGAACCGUCGUCCCGGGGAACUUCCUGCAGACGUACGGAGAGGCUCUGGCUGCCGAACAGACUUUGAAGCAUCUCAUGGACAAAGAACGAGUGAAGGGCUUCGUUCAGUGCAUAGUGGCUCAGAAGCCGCGUGAGGGAAUCAGCCACAUGAUCCAGUCCAGCGGACUGGGAGGAAUGAAACCCAACACUGUGGUGAUGGGCUGGCCUCAUGCCUGGAGGCAGAGUGAGGACCCGCAGUCCUGGAAGACCUUCAUCAACACGGUCCGGGUAACCACUGCGGCCCACCUGGCCUUACUGGUGCCCAAAAACAUCUCUCUGUUCCCCAGCAACAACGAGCCUUCGACGGAAGGCUACAUCGACGUGUGGUGGAUCGUCCACGACGGCGGGAUGCUGAUGCUGCUGCCGUUUCUCCUUCGGCAGCACAAGGUUUGGCGUAAAUGCAGGAUGCGGAUCUUUACGGUGGCUCAGAUGGAGGAUAACUCCAUCCAGAUGAAGAAGGAUCUAGCGACGUUCCUCUAUCACCUGCGCAUUGAAGCUGAGGUGGAGGUAGUGGAGAUGCAUAACAGCGACAUCAGUGCCUACACAUACGAGAGGACGCUGAUGAUGGAGCAGAGGUCUCAGAUGCUCAGACAAAUGCGGCUCUCUAAAUCAGAUCGGGAAAAAGAGAGGGUUCGCUGGAGUUUUGACGAUGUGUAUCUCUCACCCAGGUUCAGGAGUACUGACGUCCGCUCGUCAAACCCCAUCAAAGAGGACAGAGACAGACAGGCCCAGUUGGUGAAGGACCGUAACUCAAUGCUGCGUCUGACGAGCAUCGGGUCGGACGACGAUGACGACACCGACGGCGGAGAGAGGGACCGACCGGUGAGCAGCAGCACAGAGCACCAUCGGCGCGUUCAGAUGACGUGGACCAAGGAGAAGACGGCCCAGUACAGAGCGACCCACUCUGGCUGCUCCACGCCUGAAGGGUUCAGGGACAUGCUGAGCAUCAGGCCGGACCACUCCAACGUCAGGAGGAUGCACACCGCCGUCAAACUCAACGAGGUCAUCGUGAAUAAAUCCCACGAUGCCCGGCUUGUUCUGCUCAACAUGCCAGGACCCCCGAAGAACCCUGAAGGAGACGAGAACUACAUGGAGUUCUUGGAGGUUCUGACUGAAGGACUGGAGCGAGUCCUGCUGGUCAGAGGUGGCGGAAGUGAGGUCAUCACCAUCUACUCUUGAUUGGUCAGACAACUUGGAUGACGCUGCUCGACAGGCAGCCAAUCGGGGAGAAGUGAGCGGGAGGGGAAUGGCUCGGUCUGUGGGGGGGUGUGGAGCCCGUCAUGAUAGACCGCCACCGGCUGCAGCAUCGGUCGUCACGUCCAGCAUCCAGGCCAGCUCCCUUCAUCUUCACUCGUUUCUGUCAUGACGGUGGUUUAUGUUCCAGUGACGGUUCACCCACUGAGAACCCAUAGCAAUCAGCUCUGUGUGUGUGUGUGUGUGAGUGUGUGUGUGUGAAUGACUGACCUGAGUGAUCCUUGAUCUGCUGAAGGGACCAGUGUUCGGUUUGAAGCAGGUGUAUCGAUAAGUCGGAGCAAAUAUGAAUCGGUAUCAGUCGCUUCAGAGAAGAAACUCAGGGUUGCUUUUUGUACAGAAUGUAAUCUGGACGUUUGCAGGAGUUUGAUACGUGAGGCCUAAAUGUCUGACAUCAGAGUUUUUGUUUUUUUACUCUAAAGGUUCA